AAGGCCGCCUGCUCUUUGUUCUCCUCCUUCCCCACUGCGACCCUGGCAACCGGUAAACCCCCGUUUCUUGCCUUGCCUGGCCUUGUCGCAUAGCUCGAUCCCCGAUCAGAUCUUUUCAACUUAGCUUCUGAACUUUCCCCAUCUGACACUUCCUGAAUGCAUUGCAUGAUAACUAUUGCGUAGCGCAGCGCAUCGCACUUGUUCAGACUUCCGCGCUGAUAGCAAUCGCAUCGCAUCUCGAUCCUGCCGGUCACAUUUUGGGGAAUCGCAAUUAUGCGCUUGCGCUCUUUGGUCCUCGUGGCAGCGCCCUCGUUCGCCGGUUCUGUUUGGGCGCAGCUUGAUUAUGGCGCCUCGAGCGUUGCUGCCCCGGGGGCAACCACCGCCGCUGAGACAGGCUCGGAGGCUUCUCUGACCUCCGAGACUUCUGAGAGCCUCGUAACUCCUUUGGGUCUUGAUGCUUCUGUCGGUGUCGGGGCAAAUGUGGGCAUUGGCGACUUGGACCUUGGGGCAACCGUCGGCGUUGGGGCGUCCUUGGGAGCUGGAGAGCUGGACCUUGGGGCAACCUUGGGCCUUGGGCUGACCUUGGGCCCCGAUGAUUGCGACUGCACGGAUGGACCACCGACGAAGCCACCUAUAACUAGUUCUUCGUCUUCAACUAGCACUUCAGAAGAUCCCACUUACACUGAAUGCCCGGAACAGCCUCCAGUCACUUUACCUCCAGUCACUCUGCCCCCUGAAACAGUGGUUAUAACUGUCCCCGGCCAGGAUACAUGCUCCGCCAGUCCCCAACCCCCGGCCACAGAAACUGAGACGGUUUCCAUUACUGUCCCAGGCGAGGGUACCUGCCCAACUACAACCCCGCCAGCGUCUACGGAGACUGAGACGAUCUCAGUGACCGUUCCGGGCGGAAGCACUUGCUCGGCUACCCCUCCUGUGACUCUUCCUCCAGAAACGAUAACAGAGACUUCCGUAACAACAGUGCCUGGGGAAACAGAAACCAUCACAGAGACCUCGAUCUCGACAGUGCCAGGGGCAGGGGUGACAAUUACGCUCGGUCCGGGCCAUCCCCAUACCAAAACUGUCACGAUCUGGGAGCCUACUACAAUAUAUUCCAAUAUUACUGUUCCUACCACCAUCUAUUCCACUGUUUACUCGGAGACAACAGCAUGGUCAACAACAACAUUUCCCGGAGAGGAGACUACCGUUUGGGAGACCACAACCCUGCCUGGUGAGGAGACCACUGUGUGGACGGAAACCACUGCUUGGUCAACCACAACCCUGCCUGGCGAAGAAACUACUAUCUGGUCCACGACAACUUUGCCAGGCGAGGUAACCACUCUCCCUCCAGUCACAACGACGAUUUCUGGUACUACAGUCACAAUCCCUGGAUCGGUUACGACUUUGCCAGGUUCGACAAUUACGCUGCCUGGAUCUACAGUCGUUUACACCAGCACCGUUAGUGGUCCAACCUCAAUCGAAACCGUGGUUGUUACGCAAGUUAUCAGCACAACAAUUGUGAAUGAAACUCCAGGUCCGGCUACAACCCUCACCAUUACCUCGACUGCAGUUCAGACUCUUCCUCCGGUAACUGUGACAGCAACCGCAACAGAAACAACUGCAACAACUGCAACAGAAACUGAAACCGAAACUGUCUCUAUCUCUGUCUGUCCCAGCCUGACGAUAAACCCGACAUAUACACCCGCCACGCCUCUCCCAACGGACUACACUUGGGGCUGCCCACCAGGUUACCUUUGCCGCCCAAGACGCCAGGGCACAGUCGGUGGUUGCAACUUUGAAGCCGGACUACCCGCAGAAACAUACUACUGCAGCCCCGAAGAAUGUAUUGAAGCACCACCCCUGUACGACGAGGACCAAUACUGGGGCGAACCCGUAGUAUCCGACGAAGUCGGCACAUACAACGUUUCAAAGUACUACUUCAACCUCAACCCGGAGCCAUUCGGUCUUAACUACUCGAUCUUCCGCUUCCCAGAAAAGGAUUAUGGCGUGGACUACUUCAAACGCUCCUUCCUGGGCGUGGGUCUUGGCAAAAUGCUCAACAAGCUACUUCCCCGGCAGGAACUAUUGCAGGACGUCAUUCGGUUCAGCGACGUCUGCUACGACGAAUGCAACGGCGCCGCAUUGGAAGCGGAACGACUGGGGAAAACACCCUCGCUUUGCGAGGCUACGUCCGCGUUCAUGGACAAGCUCGAUCAAUGUAGUCGGUGUAAUGAGAGAUACCCCGCUGAAGACGAGGAAGAUCCGCAGGUCAUCCCGCCUGAUUUGAACCAGUGGCUAGGCUACUGUGACGGGCUGGGCAACGAUGAGGACCAGACCUCUACUCGCGAACCGAUCACAACGUCCAGCGAGAGCACAUCGAGUACACGCACAUCAGCCGUGGAUCCGACCAGUACAGGCGGGGAUGGAGAUGAGGACUCCACCUCGGCUACCGACUCGACCACCCUGACUGGGACAUCAAGUCCCGGUGAUGACGAAUCAACCCAGACAGAAUCGGGCUCAGAUGCCACCAAUGAAAGCUCGGGCUCGGGAACUUCGGGUCCAUCACCUAGUCCAACCUCUGGCAGUGGCGGUAGCGACGAUGGCUCGGGAGGCUCAAGCGCACCGACGCCAGGGUCAACGCCAGGUACCCCGACUGAUGUCUCGCCGACGGGCACCAGCUCGCCCUCGCCCUCGCCGCCUGUUUUUACAGGUGCGGCGGCGCGGUUUGGCUUGCCGGUACACUUCGGACUUGUCCCGGUUGUGCUGGGCUUGGUUUUGUAGUGUGGGCCAAUGAUUGACGAAGCAAUGGCAAGAUGGAAUGAUAAUGAGGUUAUGGAACAAGGAUGAGGAAUGACUGAAGGAUGAAAUGUUAAAGCUCUUAUGUUUUGUUUAUAAUUAUACCUCUACCUCUGCCUACCCCCUAGGCUAAUGCGCCUAAUUGAUAUAAUAUUGUUUACUGCCAGGCGAUUGUCC